UAAAGAUUUUAAGUUAACGAUGAUCUUGUAAUGUAGUUUGAUGAUUUCUUCCAUGUAUGUCCUCGUUAUUUCCAUCAUCUUUAAUAAACAUGAUAUAACAUCUUACUAUGGGCGGCCUGCUUGAGCAUCUGGGCUACCUGUUCCUGCCGUCUAGAUAUUUCAACAAGUUAUCUAUUUUUAUUUGUUUUAAUAUAUUAUUAUGUCUAUUAAUCGCAUGAUGUAUUCUGCUGCGUUUCUGAAAAGUGUACAACCUUUCGUUGUCAAAGUUACAAAAAACUCAAUAAGUGAGAAUGUGGUUGCUGGCAAUAUACAACGAAAAGAAUGCACAUCAUUCAGAUGUUCAUUUACUGGACUGCUAGCAUCUAACUGUCGGUCACUCAAUAUUUAUCUCCAGGACCGACCAAGAAGAAAGAAACGGAAAUUUGUUGAAAUACUUUGAGCUGAGAAUUCUAUAUUGUACCAAAAAUAUAAUAUUGAAUAAAGCUGAUGAUCAUAAAAACAUCAAUUCAAAAAUUUAUGGUCUAUUGGUAGGUGAAAAUUACUUGGUUGAGAUUGAUGAGAUUAUUGUAAUUAGUGAUUAGAGAUAUUGGAUGAUAAGGCUCAUAAUUGAUCAUAAAGGAUCUAAUAAAUUCACUCUAUCUCUUCUCCUAGAACUUAAGUUUUAAAAUGAUCUUUUCAUUCAGUGAACUUAUAUCUUUUCCAACCAUACUGUUUAUGCCUAGAAUUUUCUACUAUCACUACUAAUUUUAUUACUAUGGUAUUUAUCUUAAUAAUUCUAUCUUAUUAUGCCGAUAUGAUAAUGAUAACAUUGACUAAUGUAUUUAUAUGCCAAGUUUUCCGUUGAUAUUGAUACAAAAUUACUUUUGUUUUAAAAAUUAUUAUGAAUAAUAAUUGGAAGAGACCAGAUUUACCAAGUAAAUGUACAUUUUCUUCAAAACAAUCAAUCAUUGAAAGUCCUCAUCAUCAUCAUCAUCACCAUCUUCAUCAGGAUCAUCAUCAUCAUGAUAAUUCAAUUUUCAAAAGAAAUAAAAUUUUAAAUCAUUCAUUAGAAUUAAUUGGUAAUACACCUUUAAUUCAACUAAAUCAAAUUGUAAAGAAUGAAGGUCUAGAAUGUGAACUAUUAGGAAAAUGUGAAUUUCUUAAUAUUGGUGGUAGUAUUAAAGAUAGAAUUGCAAAACGUAUGAUUGAAGAAGCUGAAUUAGAAGGUAAAUUAAAACCUGGGGAUACAAUUAUUGAACCAACUUCGGGAAAUACUGGUAUUGGAUUGGCGCUUACUGCUUCUCUUAAAGGUUACCGAUGUAUAAUUGUAAUGUCAGAGAAAAUGAGUAGUGAAAAGGAAUCGUACUUAAGAUGCCUUGGAGCUGAAAUUGUUCGUACACCGGCUUCUGCAAAUUUUGAUCAUCCUGAUUCAUUGUUUCGAGUGUCAGAAAAAAUAAAAAAUGAAAUUGGUCCAUCUGCACAUAUCAUGAAUCAAUAUACAAAUCCAUAUAAUCCAAUAGCUCAUUUUGAUGAAACAGCUGAAGAAAUUCUUCGUGAUUGUACAGAAGAAAAUGGACAAAUGAAAUUGGAUAUGCUAGUAGUUGGUGUUGGAACUGGUGGUACAAUAACUGGAAUAUCAAGGAAAAUAAAAAUGAAAGUGCCUAAUUGUUUAAUUGUUGGAGUAGAUCCAAUUGGUUCAAUUCUAGCCAAUCCAGAAUGUCAAGAAACAACUCCAUACGAUGUUGAAGGUAUUGGAUAUGAUUUUUUCCCUACUGUCUUGGAUACAAAUGGAAUUGAUAAAUGGUGUAAAACAGGUGAUCAUGAAUCUUUUGAAAUGGCCAGGCGACUUAUACAUGAAGAAGGUUUACCAUGUGGUGGCAGUUCUGGUGCUGCUGUAGCUGGUGCUAUCAGAACUAUCAAAGAAUUGGGUUUAGGAAAAAACAGUCGAAUCGUGGUUAUUCUACCCGAUAACGUACGCAAUUACAUGUCUAAAUUCUUAUCAAAUGAUUGGAUGUUUAGUCGAGGAUACAUGAACUUUCCUCUUGGUGAUGCAUUUCGAAAUAAUUGGAUUAAUGAUACAUUAGAUGAAUUAAUUGCUGGUCUUCCAAAAACAGUUAGAAUUACUAGUGAAUAUACAGUAAAAGAUGCUUCGAACUUAAUUAAAACGGAGAAUGUAAGGGGAUUGUUGGUGGUAGAAAAUAAUGGAACAAAACUUUGCGUUCUUGGUGUAUUUGAUUCAAAUGUUCUAAGACUAUUAUUCAGUGGAUCUGUUAAACCGACUGAUCUUGUUGUCAAAGCGAUGAAUAAAAAUUAUCGACAAGUUGAGGAAGUACAUGGGCUUGAUCGUGUUUCUCGCGAACUCACCAUUGAAUCAUAUGUUGUUCUGUGGAAUAAAGAAAACCCUUAUUUAGUAUGUCGUGAAGAUUUUCUUCAUUGGUCCCUAUUUAAACAGUAG